AUGCCAUGCCCGCACAAGGCAAUUGAUGUAGCCACAUUCCACAAAGAGUGUGGUGUCUGUGGUAAUCUGUACAGAUUCCAGGAAUGGAGUGAGGGGCUCCACAACUUCAACGACCACGUUAUUCUGUCGCUCCAUCUCUGCAUCUUGCUGCGGCAGUCUUUACAAAAUCACACUGCGGUUGGCAGGCAGCUGGACAUUUUGGAGGCAACCCACCAAACCAAGUAUGCCAGCCACGACUCAAUUUUACACGGCUAUUUACACUUCGAAGCCCUGUCAUCCCACGAUCACAACUUUUCAUGUGUAAAUUGUGGUGACCACCCAGCUGUCGUUGUGAUGGACUUACACAAGAAGGGUGUUUUCAAAAUGGCAGUGAGUGACAUCAAAGAUCCACCACCCGAUUUUAAUGGACGUGUCAACAUAGAAGAUUUCUGGAGUUCAGGCAGUGAGGAAAUUGUCUGCCGUGGCUUUUUGAAAAGUAAGCCAGGAGUUAACAAUCCAUGCGGUGUAAAGCCAUCAUAUUUGAACUGGGCCCCAUGGAUUAGUCCACGAACAAGGGCCAGUGAUGUUGUGCUGAACACAGAGAACGCAAAAGUGAAGCCGACAAAGCCUACCGACCAAGCAACCCUAGAUUUGGCAGAGGAUCACUUGGUUGACCAAUUGAUGAAAUUGAAGGCUGCUGACUUGCGGACUUUGGUGAAGGGCUGUGGCUUGGAUGCGACCGGAUCAAAAAUGGACCUCCUGCUCCGCCUGAGGGAGGAGAUGAAGACACGGAGCACGUAUGAUAAAGUAUUUGAAAAGGUUUGGGGAGCAUCUGGUGGUUGGGCGGUCAUCAUGUGCCCCUGUGGAAUUGUGAACGCAGUUAAAUUCAACCUCCGAGCCGAAAGUCCACGGGACUAUGCAGACAUGCUCCUUUCCUUCAGGCACUUCCCCAAUGUUGCAAUGUACGAUUUUGCCAGGGGGCUUGUGGCACACACAAACCUAAGGGAACCUGGAGACCUUCCAUUCCAACCGAACGAAGGGAGAGUAGCCGCAGCGACCCCUGAUAAUAUCUCCGCUGCCAAGAAAGGGGAGAUAAAGGUCCAUUUCCCUUGGCUGAUCCAGCAGAAGGUCCCCGCUGAUGCUGGUGGUCAUCCGGCCACUGGUUGCGCAGAGCACUACGCGUUAUACGACACGUUCCACCAGCAGAACACCAAGGAUGACCGGGACGCCCUGCGCCUCAUCAAGCUGGUGCCUGAGCUGUGUGGCUGGGUCAAUUCGCAGGUGGCAGAGCAGCUGUUUGCGGACAUGAAAAAGAACAACUAUUUCAUGAAUAUGCUCUCGCCAACAAGCCAUGUCUUUCUGAUGCGCAACAUCUUACAUCACAGAAACGAACAGCUUAUGUUGAUCAUACUACAUUACACUUAG